AUGUUGACCAAGCUGGAUACCAUUCUGGAGAAUCCCCAGUAUGCUAUCCUUUGCUGUAUUACUGUUUUUACCCUCUUCAUUGUACAAUCCUCUCUUCUCGACCGCAGUGGAAAGUACCCUCUUUUGAAUCCGAAGGGUUCCUUCGAAAUCUCGACCAAUCGAGUUGUCAGAGAGUUCAUCAGCGAUAGCAGAAACCUCCUCGACAAGGGCAAAUCUUUGUACAAAGGUCAACCUUACAGAGCCAACACAGACUGGGGUGAAGUCGUUGUCAUUCCUCCUCAGUUUCUCGAUGCGCUGAAGAGUCAUAAAGACUUGAAUUUCAUCAUUCCUGCUCAGGAUGACUCGCACUGUUACAUUCCCGGCUUUGAGCCAUUUGGUGUUGAUCCCAAUCUGAACAAGGUCAUUGUCAAGUACUUGACGAAAGCUCUAAACAAAGUUACAGGACCACUGUCUGAGGAAGCGUCUAUAGCAUUCCGCACCGUUAUCGCCGAUUCGCCUGAGUGGCAUGAGAUUCAACCCCAACCUGCCUUUGUUCGUAUCAUCUCACGUAUGUCAUCCCGCGUCUUCAUGGGCGAGGAAAUGUGCCGGAAUGAAGAGUGGGUAAAGCUUGCUGGAGACUAUACGGUCCUGUCGGUCAAGGCUGGCGACGAGUUGCGAAUGUAUCCCCGAUGGUCUCGGUCGUUUGUUCAUCACAUUCUACCCUCUUGCAAGGAGGUUCGAAGGACUCUGAAUGCAGCUCGAAAUUGUCUGAACCCGUUACUGGAACGUCGAAACGCUAUCAAGGCUGAAGCAAAGGCCAAGGGUGAACCGUGUCCAUACGACAAUUCUUUCGAAUGGUUCGAAGAGGAAUACUCCACGCACGACCCAGCUGUUGCUCAAGUGAAUCUGUCCCUUGUUGCUAUCCACACCACCACCGACCUUCUCAUGGAGACUGUUUUCAACAUUGCUCAGCAUCCUGAGUUAUUGGCACCGCUUCGAGAAGAGAUUAUCCGCGUCUUGUCUACUGAAGGUCUGAAAAAGACUGCUCUGCUUAACUUGAAAUUGAUGGACAGUGUUCUCAAGGAAUCUCAAAGACUCAGACCGGCCAUCCUAGGUAGCUUCAGGAGACUGGCUAUGGCGGAUGUUACUCUUCCCAAUGGCGACGUUAUCAAGAAGGGAACGAAAAUCGUCUGCUCCACUUCGCACAUGUGGAGUGCUGACUCGCAUGAGUCUGGAGAACAAUUCGAUGGUUAUCGGUUCCUGCGUAUGAGAGAGAAAGAGGAGGCCGAGCAAGGCAAAUCCUCGCACCCUCAUUUUGUUAGCCCUAGCUCUGACCACUUGGGUUUUGGGUUCGGCAAUCACGCAUGCCCAGGACGUUUUUUUGCCGCCAACGAGCUCAAGAUCGCACUUUGUCACAUGCUCUUGAAGUAUGACUGGAAGCUUGCUGAGGAUGCUGUGCCUAAGUCAGCUUCCUUCGGAAUGAACCUUAUGCCUGAUCUGCGAGCCAAGCUGCUUAUUCGACGACGUUCAGAGGAAUUGGAUAUUGAUUCUGUGGAGUCCUAG